AUGUCGAACCACGGAAGUAGUCGACGGGAUAGCACGUCUGUGCACGGCACUCCAAGAGGUUCACCUACUAGAUUUAGUCAGUUUGGCGCUGGAAGAGCCGAGUGGACUCGUUUAGAAUCCCCUUUGAAAGAUCAGAGUCCUUCAAUUGCCAGCAGUGGAUCUCCUUUACCAAGAGCUCCAUCUCCAGGCACCGCAAAUUAUCCUGCUUCGUCAAUUCCAUUACCCCCUCAGCCAAAUUUCCAUGCCCCUUAUGGAACAGGCCGUUUUGCUAGGCCCACAGCUGUAGGAGGAGCUGGAGCUGAUCUUGCAGGAAGCCACCAUCACCAUGAAUAUGGUCGUCAAAACAGCAUUGCAUCCAACACUGAGUCCGUUAUUACUAUUGACGACAGUGAUAGUGACGAAGAAAUCGAUAGAGAACAUGGGGGAAGAGCUAUAGCCGGAAUUGAUUAUAGUGAUUCAGAGGACGGGUUUGUUGAAGAGGUUGAGGCUGCUUUUGACGAUGUCAGAUCUACAACGUCGAGUCAGGUUACUCUGAGUACCGAGCAUUACGAAUUGCCAGACAAGGCCCACCCCAGAAGACACAAAUCCAUGUCUAGAAAGGAGGUCAAGCUUGUUAGAGGUAAUUUGAUUUUGGAUUGUCCUGUUCCCACCAAGUUGUAUAGUUUCCUUCCUAGACGUGACAAUGAUGAGUUUGUCUACAUGAGAUACACAGCCUGUACUUCGGAUCCUGAUGACUUUUCCGAGUCUGGAUUUACCCUUCGUCCUGCUAUUUACGAGCGUGAAAUCCAGCUGUGUAUCUGUGUUACCAUGUAUAACGAAGACGAGGAAUCGUUCACAAGAACUUUGCAUGCAGUGAUGAAAAACAUUGCACACCUCUGCUCUAGACACAAAAGUAGAGUAUGGGGUAAAGACGGUUGGAAAAAAAUUGUCGUCUCCAUUGUAUCAGACGGUCGUACAAAGGUCAACCCAAGAGUUUUGGACGUAUUAGCUGCUAUGGGUGUGUAUCAAGAAGGUAUUGCCAAGAACUUUGUCAACGGUAAAGAAGUCAAGGCACACAUUUUCGAGUAUACCACCCAAGUAUCUCUGGACGACGACCUUAAAUUUCAGGGUGCUGAAAAGGGUAUUGUUCCCGUUCAAAUGCUCUUCUGUCUGAAGGAAAAGAACCAGAAGAAGAUCAACUCUCACAGAUGGUUGUUCAAUGCUUUCUGUCCUCUUUUGAACCCUAAUGUCACCGUUCUGCUCGAUGUGGGUACCAGACCCGGUAGGGACACUAUUUACCACCUCUGGAAGGCUUUUGAUAGUGAUUCGAAUGUGGCCGGUGCCUGCGGUGAGAUCAAGGCCAUGACUGGAAAGGGCGGUCUCAACCUGUUUAACCCACUGGUCGCUGCCCAGAAUUUCGAAUACAAGAUGUCCAAUAUUCUCGAUAAGCCUUUGGAGAGUGCUUUUGGAUAUAUCUCAGUAUUACCCGGAGCUUUAUCUGCCUACAGAUACAGAGCACUUAGAAACCACGAGGAUGGUACCGGUCCUCUGGCUUCGUAUUUUAAGGGAGAAACAUUGCAUGGAAACGACACUGACGUUUUCACCUCUAACAUGUAUCUAGCAGAGGAUCGUAUUCUUUGUUGGGAACUGGUCGCGAAGAGGGAUGAAAAGUGGGUUUUGAAGUAUGUGCGAGCCGCAACUGGUGAGACAGAUGUUCCAGAUGCAAUUCCCGAGUUUAUUUCGCAACGUAGAAGAUGGCUUAAUGGUGCACUUUUCGCUGCUAUUUACUCGUUGACCCAUUUCAGACAAGUCUGGAAAACCGAUCACUCAUUUACAAGAAAGUUCUUCCUCCACGUUGAAUUUCUAUAUCAAUUCAUCCAACUCAUUUUUACAUUUUUUUCGUUGGCAAACUAUUACCUAGCCUUUUACUUCGUUGCCGGAUCUCUUGCUGGUAGUCAACCGGUUGUUAUUCCAAACAAUGGUGCUGAGUACAUUUUCUUGAUCUUCAAGUAUAUCUUGAUUUCGGUCAUCGCUGCUUUGUUCGUUUUGUCUCUCGGUAACAGACCACAGGGUGCUCAUGGACUGUUCAUGACCUGCAUGAUUUUGCUUUCCAUUGUGUCUGCUUUCGCAACCGGCUGUGGUCUUUACUUUGUCAUUGAGACUCUGAGAAACUCGGGAGAUGGCGUGACUGUUGGAAACAACGUGUUUACCACCAUUAUCGUAUCUCUAGCUUCAACCUAUGGACUUUAUGCUCUAAUGUCAUUCCUUUACUUUGAUCCGUGGCACGUCUUUACCUCCAGUUUGCAGUACUUCUUCCUUUUGCCAAGCUAUGUCUGUACUCUGCAAAUCUACGCCUUCUGUAAUACUCAUGAUGUCACCUGGGGUACAAAGGGUGACAACGAGCAAAAGAUGGAUUUGGGUUCUGCUGUUGUCAAGACAGAGGCUGGAAAAGAUGUCGUUGAAAUCGAAAUGCCCUCUGAGCAACUUGAUAUUGAUAGUGGAUACGAAGAGGCUCUUCACAACCUUCGUGAACGUACGAGAAUCCCUGAAGCCCCUGCUAACCAGCUUACUGUCCAACAAGAUUACUACCGUGAAGUCAGAACCAGAGUUGUGCUCGUUUGGAUGAUUUCCAACGCACUACUUGCAAUGAUCAUGACCCAGGUAUUCGGACUUGAUAGUACUAACAACAACGUUUACUUAAAGAUCAUCCUGUGGUCAGUGGCAGGCCUGGCCCUGUUUAGAGCCAUCGGAUCCUCUGCAUACCUUGUUCAAAGCGGUGUGAAAUACCUUUCAGAGACCAAGAACAGGACUAUGAAUAGAAGACGCAAGCCAAUUAUUACUGGCCAAAAGUAA